UUCUGAUCGGGAGCUCUAAUCCGUCACACUAGGCACCUUUUCCGUUAAAGAUUCAGGUUGGGGCACUGAAUGCCUGCUUCUUUGCAAAAAGAGGCUUUGACGUGGAACUCUUUGAAAGUCGGGAAGGUAGCAGUCAAAGCAUUUUUUUCCUUUAAACUUUGGUUUUCUCUGUAAUUGCUAUCAUCACACACUACUCUCUGACAAAUAUACCCACACACUAAAGAACAUUACACGAACGUGUAAAACCUGUGCAUGUGGUCUCUGGUCAGAUAUCCGACGUGCUAAGAUUGUGAAGGGGAGAAGCAUCAACCUGGCCUUGUCUCAUCGAGGCCGGCAAGCACUGAAAUAUGUUGGACUGGAGGAGAAGAUUGUUGCCAAAGGAAUCCCGAUGCAUGCAAGAAUGAUCCAUUCGCUGAAUGGGAAACAGUCCCCAAUCCCUUAUGGCAGGAAAGGCCAGUACAUCCUGUCGGUAGACCGAGCCAAUUUGAACAAAGAGCUGCUAACAGCGGCAGAGACAUAUCCAAACACAAAGAUGAACUUCGACCACAAACUGCAGGACUGGAAUGCUGAAACGGGCCUGAUGACCUUUGCCAGGUUGGACGGGUCCAAGGAGCAGGUCAAGGCAGACUUGAUUGUGGGGUGUGAUGGGGCUUUCUCUGCCGUACGUAAGCAGUUCCUUCGGCGUAGCCGCUUCGACUAUAGCCAGACCUACAUCCCUCAUGGCUACAUGGAGCUCACCAUGCUACCCAUUAAUGGAGAGUUUGCUAUGAAGCCUAAUUAUCUACACAUCUGGCCACGAAACACAUUUAUGAUGAUCGCCCUGCCCAACUUGGACAAGACAUUCACCUGUACCCUUUUCAUGCCCUUUGAAGAUUUUGAGAAGAUCACCACAGGAGAUGAAGUCAUCGAGUUUUUCCAGAAAUACUUCCCUGACACCAUACCACUAAUAGGAGCGGAUACUCUCCAGAGAGAUUAUUUCCGAUUGCCUGCGCAGGCCAUGGUGUCUGUCAAAUGCAACCCAUAUCACAUUGGUGACGCGUGCGUCCUUAUGGGUGAUGCAGCCCAUGCAGUAGUGCCUUUCUAUGGACAAGGAAUGAAUGCUGGCUUUGAGGACUGCAUUGUCUUUGACGAGAUAAUGGAUCAAUUCAAUGAGGAUUUCAGUGCUGUUCUGCCUGAGUAUACCAGAGUUCGAGUUCCAGACGACCACGCAAUUGCUGACUUGGCCAUGUACAACUACAUUGAAAUGCGAGCACACGUCAACUCCAAAUGGUUCCUUUUCAGAAAAUAUGUUGACAACAUCCUCUACUUCUUCAUGCCAAAGACAAUAAUUCCACUUUACACAAUGGUCACUUUCACUAGGACCAGAUACCACGAAGCAGUCAAGCGGUGGCACUGGCAAAACAAAGUGAUAAACCGUGGCCUGCUGCUCAGUGCUGUGGGGGCUGUUCUUGGUGGUUCCUACCUGCUCAUUAAAAAUCCUCCAGAUAUCAACAAGCUCAUCGUCUCUGCUGAGAAAAUGUGGGACAGGCUUGUGGCUCUCAGGACGCUCUGAGCACAGGCAUCGUGACUGAUGUGACAGACAGGUGUACAGACUUAGAGUUAAACACUAGAAAAGAAUUUGGAGGCGCCCAAAUAUUAAUUAGAUUUUGACUAAAUUAUCUAAUUCACAGCUAUAACUCCAGUAAUGGCAAAUUACUCCAAUAAUGGCUGCCCUCACUUCAAGGACUUAGUGAUUGAUCAGAACGACUUACACCGUUUCAUUAGUGUUAAACCGAUAAUGAUCAGCAGCGGUGAGCAGAACACUGCUGUUUUAAUUAUUAAGCAAGUUUAAUUCAAGAACACAGGGUCAUUUUUAGGUGUGUGUAGAAGUUUUUACUGUUUUUACACAAGAAUGAUGUCAGCUAUUUUUCUUUGUCUCCACUGGGCCCAGUGACAUUUACGUCAUGCAAAAUCUGGGAUUUGUUUUUGUUUUUAAAGCUGCAUUAUGUUUUUGCAAUGUUUCACUUAUACAUAAAUUACUGUGCAAAUAUAUUGAGCCAACCCUUAUUUCUUUAUAUAGGUGCAGGGAAAUAGGUGCAGUGAUUUAUUGAAACAUGCUAAAACAUAAAUGCAAAUAUAGACGACAGAAUUGUGUACAACUCUUUGGAUGUUUUGUUCUGUGGUCUGUCAAGAUCGUGUCACACUGCUUCAAGAAAGGUGAAAGUUUCCUAUUUAUUAAGGAUAUGACUAUCAAACGCUGUUCACCUGCAGUAUAGGUUUAGAUCUGCCAGCCCUCCACUUUUUUAAAGACACUUCACACCACUCUGAGAUGUGAUAGGUAUUUUCUGCCUGUCAGACUGUGUUAUCUUUGAUUUUAUCUGUUUAUCUUUUUUGUAGAUUUAACUAAAGAAAUUUUUACAACAGCCUGCUGGUAACAAAGAUACAAUUUUACACAUGUACUUCUGACCAACCGGCAAUGUAGUAUUUCCUCUCUUUGGGCUUGGAGUUUGGCUGGUUUGUCCACUUCAAAUGUGCUGCUAUGCUCACCUAUAUAAAACAAGUGAAGAUGA